AUGUCUGAGGAAACAAAGGAAAAGCGCUCAUUGGAAGGAAAAAAGGAAAAUACCCACGAAAAAUCAGUGGAACCUAAAUCGAAACGAAGAAGAAGAAGAAAUUAUGACGAUUAUGAUGCCGAAGUAGCCAAAGAAGAGACCAAGGCUAAUAACGAUUCAGCGAAGAGCGAAAUAAACAAUGGUAUGGGAGAUUCUGAGUCUGAUAUGGAUGAUGCCAAAUUGGACGCUCUAAUGGGCAAUGAAGGGGAAGAGGAAGAGGACGAUUUGGCGGAAAUCGAUACCUCCAAUAUCAUUACAUCAGGAAGGAGAACUCGUGGCAAAGUGAUCGACUAUAAAAAGACUGCAGAGGAAUUAGAUAAGAAGGAACUGGGCGCUAGCUCUAAAAAUGAUGCAGAAAAUAACGACGAAGAAGAUGACGAUGAAGACGAUGACUUCAAGGAGCAAUAA